ACACUUAUGUUUUGUGUUUAUACUCAAAAAUUAUGCCUGUAGAUUUUGUUUGUCGAUGUUAAUGCGCUCGUAUGUUUAUAUUAAUUAAAAUAAAACCAUAAAGCAUGUUUUCUAAACAUUGAGUACAAGUGCGAAUGUGUUGAGAAUAUUAGCGUUCAAUAUGAGCACUGAUGUUAUGUUUAUUUUUUACUACUCGGUUUUGUUUUCAUCCAUGUAAUAACACCAAAUAUCACUACUACUCGUAUAUCAUUCAUAUACUUAUUCGAAACUCUCUGUAAUCGUCUUGCAAUCAAUUAGUCAACCGAAUUCCGUCGACCAGUAAAGUAUAAUAUUUUGUUGAAACGUGACAUUCCAUAGAAAUUCCAUAGAACAAUGGAUUCUUCCGAAUGGUUCAGUGAAAUCUCUGAACAGUUGUGGCCAGGCCAAUGUUUUUCACUUAAAGUGAAGAAAGUUUUGCACGAGGAGAGCUCAAAAUAUCAAGACAUCAAGGUACUUGACACUGUUUCCCAUGGAACUGUUUUGGUAUUGGAUGGAAUCAUUCAGUGUACGGAACGUGAUGAGUUUGCGUAUCAGGAAAUGAUUUCGUUUCUGCCCCUAUGCAGUCACCCAAAUCCGAAAAAAGUGCUGAUUGUAGGCGGUGGAGAUGGAGGAGUGGCUCGUGAAGUGGCGAAACAUCCUCUGGUCGAGGAAAUUCAUCAGGUUGAAAUUGACGACCGAGUUGUUGAGCUUUCCAAAAAAUAUCUUCCAUUCAUGGCCUGUGGCUUUGAUUCCCCCAAAUUAAAACUCACAAUUGGUGAUGGUUUCGAAUAUAUGAAACAACGUGAGGGGGAAUUCGAUGUUAUCAUCACGGAUAGCAGUGAUCCGAUAGGUCCAGCAGAAUCUCUUUUCCAAGAAUCUUAUUUUGGUCUGGUGAAGAAAGCAUUAAAACCGAACGGAAUAAUUUGCUCUCAAGGUGGCACAUUUUGGAUAGAUAUGAAACACGUGAAAGACACACUUGAUCACUGCAGAAAACAUUUCCCAGUGGUGAAGUAUGGUUUAGUAUCGAUCCCUUCGUAUCCCUCUGGUCAAAUUGGCUUUUAUGUGGCGAGCUUGAACGAGAGCACAAAAUUCAACGAACCAUUGAAGACAUUCACAACUGAGGAAUUGGACGCAAUGAAAAUGCGCUAUUAUUCUACUGAGAUCCAUAAAUGUGCAUUUACAUUGCCUAGAUUCGCUGCCAAGUGUCUUUACUAAAUGCCUGAUGAAACAAGCUUUAUCGAUGAACCAUUCAGUCUAAUUGUUUACAUUUUUGGAGAAAAUUGUAAUUUUAUUCAUGUUGUCAUUGGAAUUUUUACACAAUUUAUGAAUAGUACAAAUAAGAUGAAAUCUUUACAAAUAAACCAAUCGAGUAACAUUAUUUGAAUAUAGAAA